AUGAUUGAAACAAAAAUUUUGCAGUUCUUGGCGCUGGCCACUUUCAUGCUCAUCUGUAGUGAUGCGUAUUAUCCGUAUGGGCAACAACAACACCACAAUCGCCAUGGCAAUUACAAUAAUCAUAAUGGCAACUUCGACAGAUACAACAACAUAAACAACAACAAUAAUAAUAACAACAUCAACAACAGACGCAACACAGGCACCAGCCAUCCGUUGCUGGCAAUAAAUUUGCCAAAAGUCUACCUGGGUGACUUUGAGUAUGUGCCUACGCGAGAUGGUUACCGCUUCUCUUACGAACUGAUCGACGGUACACGCCGCACUGAGGUCGGCUACAUUCCAAACACUGUCCCCUAUAUGUCCGAUAAACGUGCAACGGAGGAACGUACGGCUCUACGUAUGCGUGCCAGAGCCAAUGCAAAAAAUCGUAAAUUAUCACCGAAAUCAUUGCAAUCGUUGGCAGGCUGAACGGCUGCAUCAAUGUGUGGGGGAAUAGAAAGGCAGAAAAGUGAAAAGCAGAGGAGUAGCUAAUGGGUGUAUAUGAGUAUGUGUAAGCGUCCAUAAAUCAUGACAGGCAGCCAAGCUGACAAACGCGCUGACCCCUUGGUAUACUGACCUAUUUCGUGUGCAUUUUGUAUAAAAAUUUUAAGGUAUUUCUUUUUGUUAUGAUAAAGGUAUUUAUUUUAUUUCACACAGGCGCUCAUAUGUAAGGCUGUGCGUCGGUAUUUAUGUUAUGUAUGUAUGUUGAACUGAAUUGAAGAGAUAUGUGUUUUGUUGUGUUUUAGCGGUAUAUUUUGUUGUUAACUGAGCAUUUCGUGCAAAUUAUUAUCAUUGUGUUUUUAUUGUUAUUAAAUUUGUAGUGCUACAUUUUAGUGAAUUCAGAAAUACAUUCAUUACUGUUAGGUUUGACUAUAAAUAAAAAU